AUGGCUCUUAAAUCAGGUAGAAAGCUGCAACCCUCACGCUCCCGAAGAUCACAAAUUUUAAAAAACCCAAAAGCAGCUUUCGCAUUGGCUUUAAUUUUCAUGGAUGCCCUCCUCGUCGCUCUUAUUAUCGCCUAUGUUCCCUAUACCAAGAUUGAUUGGGACGCUUACAUGUCACAGGUGACUGGGUUUCUUGGAGGAGAAAGGGACUACACUAACUUGAAAGGCGAUACGGGGCCACUGGUUUAUCCUGCUGGUUUUCUAUAUGUUUACUCUGCCAUUCAGUAUAUUACGGGAGGGGAGGUUUAUCUUGCUCAGAUCUUGCUUGGCAUCUUAUACAUUAUAAACCUAUCUAUCAUCUUCUUCAUCUAUGUGAAAACUGAUGUGGUGCUGAUAGGUCUUUCACUGCAGUCACAAGAUGAUGAGCUUCCUUGGUGGGCUCUUAUCUUGCUUUCUCUCUCAAAAAGAGUGCACUCCAUCUUUGUUCUUCGUCUCUUCAAUGACUGCUUUGCAAUGACACUCCUCCAUGCUGCAUUGGCCACACUUCUCUACCAAAAGUGGCAUCUUGCACUGAUUCUUUUCAGUGGGGCUGUUUCAAUAAAGAUGAAUGUGCUCCUCUAUGCUCCUCCUUUGUUACUCCUCAUGUUGAAAGCUAUGAAUAUCUAUGGGGUGAUAUCGGCUUUGGCUUGUGCAACCCUAGUUCAGGUGCUGAACCUUUCCCUCUUUUGUUCUCAGGGACAUAUUAUGUCUGUAAACUUCAAAUUCAUUCCUGAACCAGUUUUUGUAUCAAAGCAAUUUGCAAUCUCUUUGCUGAUUGCUCACCUUGGGUUACUUGCAGCUUUUGCUCACUAUAAAUGGUGCAGGUGUGGAGUUUUGCUGGAAUGUCUAUCCUUCCAACAUCUAUUCAUCUGCUCUUCUUCUGUGUCUCCAUUUACUUAUACUCUGGGGUCUAUGGACGGACAUGAUUCCGAUGAUCCGAAGCAAAGCACUGCAGACAUGUCUGCUUUUGUGAGUCCAAAAUCUUCUUCUGCAGAUGGAUCUUGGUUUUUAGAUAUAUUGGGGUUCUUCUUUAUCAGAGAAUCAUCUCAUUUGGAUCUUUUAAUGCCAACUUUAGGAUCUUCCACUAUAGCAAGGUUUUGUGCCUUGUUAUAUAAUUUGGAGAAGAGCAUUGACGAGCUUAGAGCAGAAAUGGGAGUUGAGGGUUCUCCCUCUUCAUUAGCUCCAUCCAAGGGCAAGCCAGAGGAAGGUUCUUCCUAG